AUGGCACUCAUCCCGUUCACGCCGGACGCCGACAACACUUCCAUGACAACCAUAAACGGCGUGCACUUCAACAUCCGCGCCCUCAGCACGCACCACUACUCCUUCUACACAAACAACACCAUUUCCAACGGCUCAGAAUGCUACCUUGUCUUCGACGCCUUCAAGCCUCGCAUGCUCGACAACGGCACCUGGCUCCACGCAACAACAUGCUACAUCCCGUACUACGGCAUCUCCUCGCGCGGCGCAACUAGCAUCGCCUUGGGCGUCCUAUUCGGUCUAAGCAUCAUGUUCACGCUGAUGAAUCUCAAGAAGCACGGCGCGCAGCAUCUACGCGAGGACAAGAGAUUCAGACUAGUGGGGAGAAGAUGGCAGUGGUACUGGAUGCUCUUCGUCUCCGCCUCCGCGACGAUCAGCCUGUUCACCGGCGUCGAUGUGGAUAGGUACUACCUGCAGCAGAUGCCGAUUAUGCUUCAAUGCUUCUUCUUCACGCUGAUGGUGCCGGCGGGGCUGGCGAGUGUGUGGGAGGGCACGCGGCAUUGGGGGAGCUGGGAAGAACGGCAGGUCGUGGAUGCGGAUCCGUAUGGUCUUUCCCAAAUCGAUCGGCGGGCGAAGAUAGAGUUCUACACCCCGCUCAUCUUCUAUCUGUUCGCGUGGCUGAAUUUUUUCCUUACGAUCCCGAGGAGUUGGACCGGCGUGCAAAGGCAAAAUUCACCCGAGCAAACGAUGGACAUUGCAAGGCCAUUGGCAACAGACCUCCGUAACAAAGCGGGUGCGAUUCUUGCAGUAGCUGCGUGGGCUACCAUUCUCUUCUCUCUCACGCACUCCCUCCGCGCUUACAAGAACAGCAACCUUGCGGCAUGCCCCAAAAAACUCCUCAUCAACGUGGUACUCUUAGGCAUACGCCUCGCUUACGGCAUCGCCGCCUCCUUCUCCUGGUCCAUUUCCCUCUUCAAUCAAGCAGUGCCCGUCACCUACCCCUUCGCCCUGGGCUACGCGCCGUUCCUCCUUAUCCUCCUUACGUACAACGGCUUUGGCUUUCUUGAGAAGAACGAAGACAAGCAAAUUGUUGCGCAGCGCGUCGCCCGCGGCCGUGCACACGAUGCUGAGCUCAAUCUUGUGAAGAAGCCCAACUGGUGGAGCAGGAAUAUGGUUGCCCGAUUUGCUGAUAACGAUCAAAGAUUGAGAGACAUGACCGCGGAAAUCGGUGGCGGGAGACCGACUGCUAGAAACCUUGAGAGGGCCGUCGAGAUGGGUAACAUGAACGUCAGGCAGAGGAGUGAGAGUAGACCAGUGCAGGAUCCAUUUAGGGAUGAGAGUCCGGAGGGGGGCAAAGGGAGGGGUGUGGGUACGGGUACACAUCUGAAGGCGGGCGGGCCUUCGGUGGCUAGAGAAGUCAGUGAGACGGCGAGUACGCGGAUGGGAAAGACAGGGCAGAAGGUGACGUCGCAGUUUGCGGAACCGGCUCCGCAGCAGAGAUUCAGGAGUAUGCUGGAUGUGUAA